ACCUGAGUUAAUAAUUGAUCAACAAAUCGAUUUACUCUGCCUUAGAGAAACCUGGUUGCAGCAGGAUGAUUAUGUUAGCUUAAAUGAAUCAACAGCCCUGAGUCAUUCUAUCAGAAACCUCGAAGCACAGGCUGAAGGGGCAGUGUGGCAGCAAUUUUCCACACUAGCCUAUUAAUCAAACAAAGACCAAGCCCCCCCCGAAAGGAGACACUCCCUGUUUUUGCCACACAAACAUGAUUCCUCCAGUGACCAGAUGAGAGCUUUUUAACCGCAAGUGGUGAAAGUAAACACUGUUUUCUCCAUCAUAUCAGUACGCCUCUUUCUACAGUCUACUUUACAAAUAAACACAAGAGAUUUUCAGGACACAGAUAAGCAAAGAUAACUGUUCAUAUACAAAAUAAUUUACAUAUCAAACAUUUCUUUAGAUCAGGUGGAAAUUGGAAAGUGGAUCUUUUUAAAAUGCCAUAAAGACAAUUUUUUAAUUAGAGUAAACAGAAAAGAAACUGAACAAUGUCGGAGCCCUGGUGAUGGAGCGCAACUUACUUAAUUGUUUCUGGGUCCAGCUGUUUCAGUCCACUCAUUUGGUAAUUACGACACAUGCAGCCAGACUUUUUCACUCAUUUCAAUCCAGUCCUUAUACCUGACCAUUUUCAGAGAAAUGUUUUUGUUUGUAUCACUGCUCUAUUAAUGAUUCAAGCAUAAAAAGGCACCCGAGUGCAUACUUUCACAAACAACAACGAACCAGUUUAAAAUGUUAUAUUUGGGCACUUUGUUCCUUUUUGACAGGUAUAAUAGAAUAACUGCACUAACAAGCUGGCUCCCAAAGAGCUAUUAGCUGCAAAAUAGCUUAUUCUUAAAAAAAAAAAAAUAUUAAUAAUAUUAAUAGGAAACUGGACAAGCAGAAGGGAGUUAUUCCGUCCCACUGUCGCCAAGUGCUUACACUUGGGUCAUCUGAUUGCUGGAAUUUUCUCUGCAUUAUUGUAGGGCCUCUACCAUACAAUAUUAAGGUCAUUGUUGUUGUGAUUUGGUACUAUAUGAAUAAAGUUGAACUGAAAAUGGAAUCAUUUAUUCUUUCAGUAUGAGCCAAAUGUACGGUAUAUGACAAAACGUUCAGUAAAGCAGACACUUAAAAGCUGAACCAUAAGUACACGCUGUGGGCCCUUAUUUGAUUAUUUUUCCAUUUCAAUUUCCCCGGUGGAUGCCGAGAAUUGACUCCACCCCAGCCCUGCCCCCAUCAUCUGUUUCUAAGCCACCCACAUCUCUCGUGCGGCCAUAUGUCAGACAAAUGAAACUGUUAAAACCAUAACCGGAGAGGUACGAGCGCCGCGGACAUUAUCGAAGACAAACAGGGAGGAAGAAACUCAUCUAACUCACGGUCACCACACAAGUGAGGCUAGUGAAGAUGAAGCUCUAUUCAUUGUCCAUGCUUUGUUUGUCACUUCUCUUGCUUAAUACCCCUUUCUCGCUGACCAGGAGAAGGGGAGGGAGAGGAAAAAGUUCGGGCAGCAAAAAAGUCUCUUCGGGCAGCCACAGUGGCACCAAUACAGGAUACAAACCCAAAACAGACUCCACCCCUCAGGGUGGCCAUCCAAAGCAAAACAAUCAGGGCAGUCCUGGGCAGCAAGGCAAUUAUCCCAGACAACCAGGUGCAGCAGGCAACCCUAACCAGUAUCCGGGACAAGGUUCUCCGUAUGGAGGGUACGGAGGGAGUUAUGGAGGGUAUGGAGGAGGUUAUGGACAGUAUGGAGGAGGUUAUGGAGGAGGUUAUGGACGGUAUAGAGAAGGUUAUGGACGGGGUUCUCCUUCUGAGAAAUCCAGAGGGUUUGCUCGCAGUGCAGUAGUAGCUGCAGCUGGAGGUGCGGUGGCAGGAACGGCCCUGGGCUAUGGGGUAGGACAGUUCGCCCGUCCUCACUUUAAUGUCCGCAGCCCUCAAGAGGAGUAUUAUUACAAACACUACAUGCACAGGAACCAUGGGUCUAAAACCAAUACUGAUAGAAAUGCUAAAAAAAAUACUAAUACUAAUACCAAUACUACUGAAUACAGCAGCGACAAAGGAGGACAUGCCGUAUUUACUCAACCCGUUCAGAGUUAUGAAGACUACAUGGAUGCCUGUAUGAAGAGGUCUGACAUUCUGCCGGUGAAAACUCAAAAGCCCCAAAACAAACCAGGUACAACUGCCACAGCUACGACCAAAACUAACACGUCUACUCCCGUGACAUCAGAGAGCAACGACACUGCCACAGAAAACCCCUCGACUCCUACCCCUACAAGUCCAGGUCCUCCAAAUCAGCCCGAAGAAGAUGACACGGUCAGCAUUGUGGAGAUUGGCUACCCGGCACUGAUCAAGCAGGUGAAAACCAGCAGAUGCUUGGAGUUGUACAUGGCUUACUCCAUGAAGUACAUGAGACAGGAAGGGCCCAAUUACUGGAGUACAGGAGGGGUAGAAGGAUUGGAGAUGGGCUUUCAAAGGCUUUUAGCAGUAGUUACAAGUGCUAUACUGAUGCUACUUAACAGCAAUGUACCUGUGCUGCUGCACUGAGAUGUUCAUUUGACAUUAUGGAGAAUAUGUUCAUGAAUAAGUAAAGAUGAAAGAUGAUAAGAUGAAAAAUAACUUGGUGGAAAGGAACCUGUAAUCCUUUCUUUAUUUUGUGCUGAUGUCUGCUUUGAGAUUUUAUACUUUAUUUUAUACUUUAUGCUUCAUAUAAAGCAAACAUUGAUGGCACAGAUGGCACUGACUUGUGAUUACAGGAGGAAUUAUAAUGGUUACAAAGCCUUUUCCUGUAACUGUAAAACAAAAUGAGCUACAGAGUUGUUUCUUAUGGGAGGAUGUGAAUGUUUUCAUGAAUCCUAAAGGCUUGCACUUUUCCCCUGUCAUGUAAAAUAAAUGAAAUACCUUUAGUAACUUGUA